CUACAUUUCAUUAUUUUAGCUAGACCUUUGACUCUUUGAGAUAAUAUACCACAUAUAGGUCUCCUUUAUGCCCAAAGUCUUGUGCACGUCUAAGUGAUUAGUUUUCUGGCAUAAAAGAAAAGUAGUAGAAGAAAAUGAAGAUGAGUAAACAUGACGCCGGAGAAGAAGAAGAAGAAACGCUCUCCUUGUGUGAUCUCCCUAUAUACAGCAGCAGCUCUUCGUCAGAUUGGGAAAAAUUCUCCUCACAAAGCUCUAUUUCCUCGUCUUCAACGUUGCCGUCCGACCACUUCUUUGAGUUCUUCAGUGAAGAAUGGAGCAGUAAUAAUAAAUCAAAUCUCCCUCCUGAACAAAUCAUCUUCUUCGGAAAGCUUAUCAUUCCUCAGGUUGGAAUUGUCCCAGAAAAGGAGAAUGGGAAAAGAGUAAAGAGGAAGCAAAGAAAUGGGUCGUCAUCAUUAUCGUCCAAGGUUGUCGGAAUGAGGGAAUCUGCAGAAUCUUUGUCGGCGCCCCCGUUUUGGAGGUCAAGAUGGUUUCAGUUCUUCUUCGGAAUGGGUGGGCUUCCUAAGGAGAUGGACUUGAGGGACUUAAGGAUUAGGCAGAGCCGCCGUGAAACGCCGUCACCGUCGUCAUCUCAUGGCGGUAGAGAAAAGAGGCUGUGGCGGGUGAUUAAAACGCUGAGUUGUGGUCGUGGCGGCGGUACCCAAGUCAAAGCACACGCAAUUGUCCGUCAACGCCGCCCUAUUGCCUGCCUAAGCUAUUAGCUACUCCGUACAACAUUAUACUUUAUUUAUUGUUAUAGAUUAAAUAAACAAAAAUGAUGUUUGUACCCACUCUUAUACUCACUUUUGUACCCAGCUAUAUUUGUGAAGUGUUUUUUUUGUCUAUAAACCCCGAUUCACAGAAAAUAUUUUGCACAAACAAAAUAUUGUCUGUGAACCGGGUUCACAGAUAAAAAAAAACACUUCACAAACAUGGUGGGUAUAAGGUGGGUAUAAGAGUGGGUAUAUCAAGCAUUGUUGUUAAAUAAAUAGAUACUGCCUUCAUUCCAAAUUGAUUUGCAGAGCCAAUUAUUUUUUGUCAAACGAUUUCAUUGUAUUCACUGAAUUAGGAUAUUAAUUUUUAAUUACUUCCUCCGUUCUAUAAUUCUUGUAACAUUGUGAUUUUUACACUAUUCACAGAUCUUACUUUGACCAUGAUUUUCUACUAAUAUACAUAAUCAAAUUAUUGCUU